AAGUAAGUUAAUUGGGACAAAUCUGCUCAAACUCUCAAAGACUAAUCAUCUAGGUUAAGUAAGGGCAAAGAUAAUCCGCAUGCUCGCAGUCCAAGUUGAUCCGACACAAUCGGACAACCCACGUCUAAUCGCACUCAACCCCGCAUCGGCCAUUACCCGCAAAGUCUAGUUAUGGAGGUUUAAUGAACGCACAGCUAAUGCGUAAAUCCGGACGCCUUGGCAUGCGCCAUAUGCGCCUGACCGUACAUUACAGCAAUCCUGAUAAGCUUAACGGAGUUGUUCCUGCGACGCAUCAUGUCCGUUCUGACUGGUUUGUGCAAUUUAUCCAUCUGCACAUCCACGGAGUGCCCCUGAUCACCGUCUACGUACGCUUGGUACCUUUCCGUUUCAACUGCUCUGCGCUCCUCGCAACAUAUUGUUUUGAAAACUAGGAUCGCCGUUUUCCUCGGGGUGUAUCUGGAUAUCCCUUUAGUUUGCCAACGGAAUAGUCAACGCGUUUAUGGAUUCACGACAAAACAAUGGAGAAACAGGCAUCAACUGAAACAAGGGAAUAAACGGGGGACGCUCGGAGAGAGGAAUAACCAGUUUAACAAGAAAUCUGGGGUAACUGCCCGAUCUGGAGGUGCGUGUGGUCGUUUUCAGCUCAUUUUGGUGGAAACUACACAGGGAUGGUGUUCUAGGACUCGGAAUUUCAGUGUGCAAAAGAAUGCACCCGGCUUUGGUUUGCCACUUUUCUUUUAAAUCAAAUAAGAUGCGCUGAAAGAGCGGAUGUUUUAAGCGCCUCCGUUUAGGAAUCAAGUGGAAUCAGAGCGAAUGGAUACCUUUUCGACGAUUAAGGUGAACGAGUGACCCAAUGAGGUGGAAUACUACUUUAGCGGAGUGCUGGAAGAGAAGUCACCUUGCCCCAGUUCUCCGAGAGCGCAGGGAGAGAGACAGACAUCUUUGAUUGUUUGUUGCCAGUAGGGAGACGGGAAGGAAACUAUCUCUCUGGAAGCGUUUGGGUGGGAAAAGGCUGAGAGAAACAGCCAUAUGGCACAAGACACAAUAUAGGUACCUGUUUGUGAUUUACCAUGGCCAAAGUGCUCUGCAGCCUCCUUCUUCUAGGAAGCGCAGUGAUGAUGACCACCGCCUGCCCUAAAUAUUGUGUCUGUCAGAACUUGUCGGAGUCCUUGGGUACACUCUGCCCGUCGAAAGGUCUGCUGUUUGUGCCCCCUGAUAUUGACAGAAGAACUGUUGAAUUACGCCUUGGAGGAAAUUACAUCAUUAAAAUUACUCAGCAAGACUUCACCAACAUGACAGGCCUUGUGGACCUUACACUUUCAAGAAACACCAUCAGCUUCAUUCAGCCAUUCUCCUUUGUGGAUCUUGAAACUCUGCGUUCGUUGCACCUGGAUAGCAACCGUUUGACAGAGCUGGGUCCAGAUGUCUUACGAGGCUUAGUAAACUUGCAACACCUCAUCCUGAACAACAACCAGCUUACACAUAUCUCCAAAGAAACUUUCGAUGACCUGCUGCUCACCUUGGAGGACCUAGACCUCUCCUACAACAACCUGCGGGGCAUUCCCUGGGACGCCAUACGCAAGAUGCUCAACCUACACCAGCUGAGUCUUGACCACAAUCUCAUCAACCACAUUGCUGAGGGCACUUUCACUGAUCUUGAAAAGCUAGCAAGGCUGGAUCUUACAUCAAACCGUCUCCAGAAGCUUCCACCAGAUCCUAUUUUUGCUCGAUCGCAGAGCAACAUCGUUCUCAGUACACCAUUUGCCCCUGUUCUGUCUCUCAGCUUUGGUGGGAAUCCUCUUCACUGUAAUUGUGAGAUUUUAUGGUUGCGACGCCUAGAGAGGGAGGAUGAUAUGGAAACCUGUGCCUCCCCUCCAAGCCUCAAAGGUCGUUACUUUUGGUAUGUUCGAGAGGAAGAGUUUGUCUGUGAACCACCAUUAAUUACUCAACACACCCAUAAGCUUUUGGUCCUGGAAGGACAGACGGCUAGUUUACGCUGCAAAGCUGUUGGUGACCCUAUGCCUUUUAUACACUGGAUUGCACCAGAUGACAGGCUAAUAAGCAACUCAUCCAGAGCUACUGUGUAUGAAAAUGGUACUUUAGACAUUGCAAUCACCACAUCAAAGGAUUAUGGGACAUUUACUUGCAUUGCUGCAAAUGCAGCAGGAGAAUCAACAGCCUCAAUUGAACUCUCCAUCAUCCAGCUUCCUCAUCUCAGCAAUGGAACUAACCGCACAUCUCAGCCCAAGUCCAGACUAUCUGACAUCACCAGCUCCACUAAAACCAGUAAAGGCGAGACCAAAGCCCAGCCAGAGCAAGUCGUUUCAGUGUCAGAGGUCACUGGAGUCUCUGCUCUAAUCAAGUGGAUGGUUAGCAAAGUAUCGCCCAAAGUAAAAAUGUACCAGCUGCAAUACAACUGUUCGGAGGAUGAUGUCCUGAUUUAUAGAAUGAUUCCGGCAAUCAGCAGAUCCUUUUUGGUCAACAACCUGAUGCCAGGGAUGCAGUAUGAUCUAUGUGUGUUAGCCAUCUGGGAAGACACUGCCACCACACUUACUGCAACCAACAUAGUGGGCUGUGUGCAAUUCGAGACACGUGAUGAGUUUCCUCGCUGCCAGUCACUUCACAGUCAGUUUCUAGGAGGAACCAUGAUCUUAGUGAUUGGUGGAGUGAUUGUGGCCACUUUGUUGGUUUUUAUUGUCAUCCUUAUGGUUCGCUACAAAGUGAACAGCGGUUUGCAAGUUGCAAAGUUAGUGACUGUGAGCAACACCUACUCCCAGACCAAUGGGAGACCACAAGCUCCGCAACGUCUAAACAAUGGUGCUCCUACACCACAGACACCAAAAACUGUAGUGGUGAUGCGAGAUGAAGUGGUGGAGUUUAAGUGUGGCUCCUUGCAGAGUAGCAUCUCUUCCUCUUCAUCCUCCUCAGCAGACACACUUGGAUGUGAGAAAGUAGAGUCCUACAACCGGCAUGGCGAUUCAAACACCUUGCCUCAUAGGUGGAAGCAGUCGUCAGCCAAAGCGCGGCCAAACUUGGAUAACCUUCUUGGGGCAUUUGCCUCUCUGGAUUUGAGAGCUCCCACAAGAGAUCCAGGAGGACCAUCUUCCUCUGGGACCAUGGCAAUGGCCAUGAGACCCCCCACUGACAAGGAGCCUCUGCUAGGCCGAGGAGAUUCUAAGCUUGGAAAGCUUGUGAUGCUGCCAUCAGAGAACAAGCCCAAGCGCAGCCACUCAUUCGACAUGGGGGACUUUGGUGCUUCACAGUGCCUUAGCUACCCACGGCGCAUCAGUAACAUUUGGACUAAGAGGAGUCUCUCAGUUAAUGGCAUGCUCCUGCAGUGUGACGAGAGUGAGGGGGAAGGCGAUAAAGCGACAUUUGAUAGCUCUGAGUGGGUCAUGGAGAGUACAGUCUGACAGGGACAUUGGAUUAGCUCUGCCAAAAGAGAACAAAAAAGAAAAAGCAUUCUUUGAACUUUCGGGUAAAAAGGAUACAAACUUGCUGUAUCAUAUGACGUCAAGAAGGACUCAAAUGGUAUAAUAAAAAGACACCUCAGCAUUGGCCAUGACUGUGUAAUGCAUGAUUUUUCAUCUCAAUAUUGUCCUUCUGUUCAUUUGAUCACAAAAAAAAAGAAAAUUUUAAUGUAUUUGUGAGUUAUAGGGAUUCAAACAGGGCCAGAGCUCAUCCUAUUUAUUGAGACAUGAAUGAAGGAUAUCUCCAGUUGCCUUCAAGCAUUAAAGCAGAUAUGAAUAAAUACCCAAGAACAAGAGAUGUUGGGGUAUCUCAGAGAAGCAGGGAAUAAAAGAGAGAGUUUAUCCAACUGUGCGCUGCAGUUUGCCAAGAGGAUUUUCUUCAGCUAAUGUGGAUGUGCAUCACAAUGGACCAAACGUUCCCAUGAGGUGAGACUACACAGAAAGAAACAGAAAGAAAGAAAGAGAUGCAAAUGUAAUGAAAUUUUGUAGGUUCUUCUUUUGGUUUUGUUACUUCUAUUGCAAUGUUGGACCCCAGUUGCACACUGUUGAUUAUUUUUAUUAUAUUUAUAUGUCAGAUUCAUGUGAGUAAAAAAAAAAAACAAAAAAAAAACAACGCAGUCUGUCAUACAUGUAUUUCACAACAAAAUUCUACUAAUUGUUGGUGAUGCUUCAUGACAUUAUGUGCCUAUAUUUCAUUUGUUUUUCAGUGCAUCUAUCACAUUUGUCAUUAAUUUCUGCAUUUGGAAGUUGCUGUCUGAACAGAUUACUGCAAAUUUUAGAAAACAGAGACUAGCAGUCUGUCUAGCUGAGGACCAUAUUACUUAAAAAAAGUGUACACACCCAAUCAAGUCAUCACAAAAAAAGAGAAGUAAAUAAUCUACCAAGAUGUGCCAGAUAAGAUUUAAUUAUAAUAUAAUUGUUUUCUCCAACUACCUUGAAAUUGUUACCAUGGCAUAUGAAAAUCUUUGAUAAGGUCUACUUGGUAUUAUCAAUGCACCAUGGCAUUGCAACAAUAUUAUCCAAGAUUAUUCCAAUGAUAAGAUAAAACAUUAUGGCUUUCUGUGAUAUCUAGUAAGGUAAUUACCCCUAAACACUAUAAAUUAUUUUUUUCUGUUCCUCUUUGUAAGAUUAGUUUGUUACAGUAGCAUUAAUUAGUUAAGUUUGCAAUCUACACAUCCAUAUUCUUAAGUCUUAAUGGGAUAAUUCAUCCAAAUACUCACCCUCAACUUUCUUUAUUUAAUUGAGCACAAUAUAAUAUAUUUUAAAUAAAACUAAAAAGCCAGCAGUUAGCUCUCUGCAACUCUCACACUCUCAGGUC